UAAUAAUAUAUUUGCCUACCUGUGUUAUUUGACGCAUUGACAGUUGUACAUUAUGUGUGUAUUGACAUCUAAGUUAGUUGAUACCAUCUACGGUUACGUCACAGAGACCUGUUGACAUUAGUUUGCAGUGCACAGAGUACUCGAAAGAGGGCGUUGCAGUAUUUACAGAUAGAUAGUGAAGGACACUACCGUUCCAGGUUAGACUACGAGCCUGAUCUGGAGUUGACCACACUGUUUUGUAAAACAGUCAGCAGGCAGAUUGACCACUUCUCAUCAUGACGUCGGCAGAUUACAAGUGUUUGGAUGGUGAACUAGAGCUGACUGACAGCAUGAGGGAAGAUUUUGAUAAACAUGGAUACAUAAUGGUCAGAAACUUUUUGGAUUCUGAAGAACGCCUUAAAGUUAAACAGGCUCUGGAAGACUACGACAACAUAACAAGCAAAGGCUAUAAAAUAUCUGACAGGGAAGGAAGAGAGUGCAAGCUAGCACUAUGGAGCCAUCCGGGCAGUGAUGUCACAGGAAUGGUGGCCCGCUGUGACAAAAUGGUGAACACUUGUGAAAAGUUGUUGGGUGGAGAAGUGUACCACUACCACACCAAGCUGAUGAUGAAGAAUGCAGAUACUGGAGGAAGUCACCUAUGGCACCAGGACUAUGGAUACUGGUACAAAAAUGGCUGCCUUUAUCCAGACAUGUUGACUGUUUUCAUUGCCAUUGACAGAUGCAAUAAAGAAAAUGGCUGUUUGGAGAUAUUGAGAGGUUCACACAAAUGUGGAAGAAUUGAGCAUUUAAUGGUGGCUGGCCAAACAGGUGCUGACAUGGACCGAGUCACAGACAUCAAGAAUUCUGGACAUUGUCCACUGGAGGUUGUAGAGAUGGAACCUGGUGAUGCUCUUUUUUUCCACUGCAAUCUGCUUCAUACCAGUGGACCAAACUUCAGUCCACAUAGACGAUGGGCAUUCCUCACCGCCUACAACAAAGCGUCUAAUGACCCGGUCCUUGUUCACCAUCACCCCCAGUAUACACCUCUACACAAGGUUCCUAAUUCAGCGAUUAGGGAAUGUGCUAACUUUACAGAUAUGACAGGAAAGGACUUCCUUGAUCCAAAGAAUGAUAAAACUGUGGUUUCCGUGGACAACAGUGCCUCUGAUAACUCUCCCCCGGAAAAAAAGAAGAGGCCCAGUGAAGGAUCGUAAAGGAUUAAAAAAAAUCCUUUGAAUUUUACAGUGAAAUAAGUAUAGAAAAUUAAAAAAAACUUAUAGUGGAUGAGAACGGGGUUUUAUUUCUGGCAGUGAUAGUUGUAGCCUUUGUGAGAUCAGAGAACUUGUCACAGGGCGGAGCGAAUACAUUCAAGCACCUAAUAGUUCCUCCCUCAUUUCUCUGUAACGUGCCAUACUGACGAAGAGUAACUAUACGACUUUGUAUGUUAAUUAUACUGUACAUAUUGGGGUUUGGAUUAGACAUCUAAGAUUUUACUCAUUUGAUUGUAAUCAGAUUGUUUUUUUCUGUAAAAUAUCAUGAUGGAGCCUUUACCAUCACUAAAAAAAACACCAUACCAUUGAAAUACCAUCGCCAAAAAUACAAUACCAUUAAAAUACAAAAUGUGCCAUUUUUUAAAAUAAUUGAAAUACAUUGCAGUACCAUUUACUGGUGCUGAUUAAUGCUUAGGGAACCACUAAAACACCAUUUAAAAGGCAGCUCCUGCGAAUUUCUCAAAAUUGUAUUGAUUAAUGUAUAUGCUAAUUGUAUUAAUUGUAUAUCUAU